AUACCUACUGAGGGAGUUAUGGAAGGAGGAGACACCCCGUCCUGUGGUGCAGUAAAGCAUGAAGUUAGAGAUGCGUCCAGGGAUCCCAGAGGUGGCUUUGUGGAGGUGGGGGCCCUGAGCUGGACCUCACUGGGGACUGCUAGGACCUAGACUGGUGCAGGAGGAUACAGGGCCUCCUGGGCAGAGGAGUGGCCGGAGAAAAGACCAAGAGGUAGGGAUGUAGGUAGGGACAAUUGGAUUAUGCAUUUUCUCCUGUGAACAUUUACUUUGCAAGUAAAGAGAAGAAAGGCCCUUUUCUGGAGAAGUUUUUAGGGGAAGUGGUUGUUACCAGUUCAAGGUUAGUUCCAGCCAGGGCAUGGAAAUAGAGAGAGCACUUCGGGAAAAGGGGGAGGUUGGGGGUUGCUCACAGCAGAUCAGAAUUCCCACAGGGUGAUUGAAAGAGCCAGAGGAGAUGUGGACAGGAGCAGAGCUGAGAGGAGCUAGGGGUGCAUGACCUGCAGCCAUGGACAAAAGAUGCAGCAUAUUAUAAGCAAGGCACUUUCUUAAUAUUCCGCUAACAUUACCCAUAUGGCUGAACUGAGCUGUCGUGGCCUUCAACCUGAAUUUUCAGACUCAGACUGAGGGAGACCUGAGAGCGGGAGCCCAGCAUUGACCUGCUGGAGGCCUUCGUGGAACACUGGAAGGGCAUCACAAACUACUAUAUCGAGAGCACAGAUGAAAACACCCCGGCCAAGAAAACAGAUAUUCCCUGGCGGCUGAAGCAGAUGCUGGACAUCCUGGUGUAUGAGGAGAAGCAGCAGGCGGCAACCAGCGAGGCGGGGCCGUGUCUGGAGUACCUGCUGCAGCACAAGAUCCUGGAGACCCUGUGCACGCUGGGCAAGGCUGAGUACCCGCCAGGCAUGCGGCAGCAGGUGCUCCAGUUCUUCAGCAAAGUUCUGGCCCAGGUGCAGCACCCCCUCCUGCAUUACCUCAAUGUCCACAGGCCUGUGCAGAAACUUCUCCGACUUGGUGGGACAGUUCCUGGAUCCCUCACAGAAAAGGAGGAGGUGCAGUUCACCACCGUCCUCUGCUCCAAGAUCCAGCAGGAUCCAGCCCUGCUCACCUACAUCCUAGAGGGUAAAAAGACCACCGGUAGGAAGAAGGCAUCCAGAGAAGCCACGGCCCUGCCGAAAGAGGCAGCUGGCGUCAAGGACAAAGACCGCCCCCACAGCAGGGCUCCCGACAGGAGUGCCUGUGGGGCCCAGGCCUUGAGCACCCAGCUGCCUGCUGAGGCCGAGGAGCCAGGUGGAGGGACCGGGGAGAGCAACCUCAUCACCUCCCUGAUUGGCUUGUGCAAGAGCAAGAAAGGUCGGGUGGCCCUGAAGGCCCAGGAGAACCUGCUGCUCCUGGUAAGCGUGGCUUCCCAGGCAGCCGCCACCUACCUGGUGCAGAGCAGCCCUUGUUGCCCUGCCAUCGUCGAGCACCUCUGCCAGCUGUACCAGUCCCUGCCGGCCUUCCUGGACCCCGCAGACGUUGCCGCUUUAGAGGGCAUCAGCUGGAGGUUACCCACCGCCCCGUCUGAUGAGGCGUCCUUCCCCGGCAAGGAGGCCUUGGCUGCCUUUUUGGGCUGGUUUGAUUACUGCGACCAGCUCAUCACAGAGGCACAUACGGUGGUUUCGGAUGCCUUGGCAAAGGCUGUGGCUGAGAAGUUGUUUGUGGAGAUUCUGCAGCCCCAGCUCCUACACGUGUCUGAACAGAGCGUGCUGACCGCCACGGCCCUGCUCACGGCCCUUCUGCGCCAGCUCCGCUCCCCUGCGCUGCUGCGGGAGGCUGUGGCCUUCCUCCUGGGCACAGACCCGCAGCCCGCAGCCCCCGAGGACAGCCCCCACACCCUGUGCGCCCACCUCGUCCGGCACUGCGACCACCUCUCUGAUGAGAUCAGCAUCGCCACGCUGCGGCUGUUUGAGGAGCUGCUCCAGAAGCCCCACGAGCAGAUCAUCCACAGCCUGAUCCUGCGCCACCUCGAGGGGCGCCCUUACGUGGCCCGGGGCUCGCCAGAGCCCGAGAGCUAUGAGGACACCCUAGAUCUGGAAGAAGACCCCUACUUCACAGAUGGCUUCCUUGACUCCGGCUUUCAACCUUCCACGAAGCCUCCCCCUGCCCCUGCCACCAACCCCGAUGGCAAAACAGCGGUGACCGAGAUUGUGAACAGUUUCCUCUGCCUCGUUCCUGAGGAAGCCAAGACCUCGGCUUUCCUGGAGGAGACUGGAUACGACACAUACGUCCACGAUGCUUAUGGACUGUUCCAGGAGUGCAGCUCCCGAGUGGCGCCCUGGGGCUGGCCACUGGCUCCCACACCCCUGGACCCCCAUGAGCCCGAACGGCCUUUCUUUGAGGGUCACUUCCUCCGAAUGCUGUUCGACCGCAUGUCCCGGAUUUUAGAACAGCCGUACAGCCUGAACCUGCAAGUGACCUCAGUCCUGUCCCGGCUCGCCCUCUUCCCCCACCCCCUCAUCCAUGAGUACCUCCUGGAUCCCUACAUCAGCCUGGCCCCUGGCUGCCGGAGCCUGUUUUCUGUGCUCGUCAGGGUGAUCGGAGACUUGAUGCAGAGAAUUCAGAGGGUGCCCCAGUUCCCAGGCAAACUGCUCCUGGUGCGCAGGCAGCUGAUGGGCCAGGUCCCCGGGGAGCAGCUGGACCACCAGACCCUCCUCCAGGGCGUAGUCGUCCUUGAGGAGUUCUGCAAGGAGCUGGCUGCCAUUGCUUUCGUCAAGUUCCCCCCGCACGGUCCUCACCUGCGCCUCUCCACACCCCCAGAAGGGCACGUCUGAGCAAGGAGCGUGACAGGAGAGGAGACUCCCGUCCGCACCUCUGCCCAAGAGCUGCCUCCCACCUGGCACUGCUGCCACCGCCGUCCUCCCAGGUUGGGGGCUUGGUUCCAUCUCUUUUACAUCCCAAGGCCCCUCCGCCUGUGUGGAGGUCUGGGCUUCCACUCUCAAGUUCACUCAAGAUGACCUUGGCCUGUUGGCCGCACCAGACUGUGUUUCAAGGAGUGGGUCUCCGAGGUACCAGAGGCCAAGGAGAAAAAGUGAUGGCUUCUUGGACAGCAUGGGGUCCUCGGAGCCUUCUCUGGGGAGCUGGGUGAUGGCCAGGUGGGCCCUCAGAUCCAGAGCCUCGUGUGUCUGUCCUGUGCCUGUCACCUGUCUCUAUGGCCUAUCUGUGGCGAAAGCCAAGACCUGAGACUCAAUUCUAGGGACACAAGGGGGAGUGAACUGAUGGCUCUGUGGCUGGUCAGGACCACAGGCCAGAGAGAAUGGGGGCAUGGCCCUCUUUUUGUCACACUAGGUACCAUAGAUGCUGCUGAGAUUUGACAUUUUUUUCUCCUGCCUUCUUGGCUUAACCCUUGAGGAAGGGGCAGUGGAUAACAGGGGAAGCCCCUCUUCCUGCUCGGCCCUCCUGGAAACUGUUGCAAAAUUCCCAACAGCCUCAUGGCAAAUGCCCAAGGCAUGCUCCGCACCCAGGCGGGGGCAGCUGCUAAUGAGAAGCUUGAUGCAACUGCAGCCAGGGCGGGAGAGGGCCUGGGGAGCUGGGGGGCUGGAUGCCAGACUCCAGUCUCCAGCUCCAGCUGGUUUCUCUCUGGCGCCUUCUUAACCCGUCUCGGCAGGUCCACAGCACCUGGGCAGAGGGGCUCAGAGACUGGGGGGGGCCUGUCCUCGCCCUUAGCAUUCUGCUGGGGUUCUCCAUGGAAUACUCCCCCAGGGGUGCCAGAAGCUCUGGGUCCAGGUGAGGCGAGGAUGCCCACCAGACCACCAGCCCCCCAAGACCUGGUGGGAAGGGGCUGGGGACGCAGGCAGCCAGGCGUGGUGGUGUUUGCCCUGUGUGCCCUCCGAGGCUGGGGUUACCACCCCACCCGGCCCAAAUCUGUCUCAACCUGCAGGGAUACACAGGCGGCGCCAGGCAUUACCUCACAGUAAACUGCAGUCGCUGGCUUUGCUCCUGGGCAAGGAGGAGCAGGCCGGAGCCCCUUUAGCUUCCUUUUCCUGCCCAUGCCGCUUCUAGAAGCCGGCCACAGGCUGCCAAGAGGUGACAUGAAAGAGGAGGAAACUCAGUGACCCCUACCUCUCCUGCAUUCCUCCAAGCUGGGGAAGGUUUAACUGCUGCUCUGGAGGACACCGUGCAUGUGCCCGCAUGUGUGUGUGCGUGUGUGGGCAUCGGUGUGGGACGGGGAGCAGAGCUCAAAGGGUGAAUUGGGUCUGGACUUUCUGGUUCAGAAAACGUUCGCGUGUCUGGGAGUCAGACACUCCCCCCACCAUCAGUGCACUUGGGCAUUUGCACAGUGUCCCCCCAGACAGCACAGCAAUAAACGGUGUGGUUGCGUGGACACAGCCGCCCUUUUCUUCUCCGCCCUUCGCGUCCUUCUGCCCAGGGCUCCACUGCUAACUCAGGCCCAUCUUCCUCCCUAAGGGAGAUGAAUUAAAUUCCUUUCCCAGCACAGGAUGGAGGGGUGCCGUGUGUCUGUGCAUGUGUGUGUUGGGGCGGGGGGGUGGUGGUAAAGAGAGGCUCUGGCAGUGCAAACCUGAUGUUCCUCAGCGCCUGCCAGGAACCAGGAACCAGGCUCUCUUGGCCAAGCAGCACUGUUUCUGCUCUGCUGGCCUACAGCUGAAAGCUGGCAGCCCCAGAGACACCGCACGGAAACGGGCCACCUGAGGCGUCUGUGUGCAAGUCUCCUUUUUAGUGUUUCUGUCAUGAGCAGUAUGACUGCUUUAGUGGUGAAUAGUGGGCCUGAUGUUUUAAAAAAUCUUGUCCCUAAGUGUAUGUGUGUGGAGAUCCUCUGGUGGGCAGUGGGGGCGUGGGGGGUGUUCACCAGGAGUACUCCAGGGCAGGCAAGCCGCAGACACAAAGUGAGGGCUGCUCCGUGGCUUUCACCUCGCGGUAUGUUACAGUAACUUGGGUUGCUUUCAAAAAUACCAGUGCCCCAGUCCCACCCUCCACCAGUUAAUUAGCUCUCUGGGGGUGGGCGCACAGUUGUUUUUAAAGCUCUCUGGGUGAUUCUAAUGGACACCCAGGGAUGAAAACUACUAUAGGCUACUUAAUGGAAGUAAAGACCCCGUCCUUCAAUGUGGAUGUGGACCCGUAGGUCCCGCAGACACUGAGAGAAGGGAGCCAUUUGGAAGAUGUUUAUCUUUAGAAGGAUCAAGAGGAUUCCCACCACAGGCCCAGGCUCCAGAAAGACAAGAUGGCAGCCCAGAGAGGCAGGGAAGGGGGCCUCUGAGGUCAUCCUGGCUCUUCAGUGUCAGAGGGGAGUUAGCACAGAAGGGAAACCCAGUCAAGUAUUUCUCUGCUCAGAACCAAACCUGUCGUUAGUGAUUAGUGUACCGCAGUGAGUAAGGAGCAUGAUAUGUUUCCUUGAUUUCCUUUAGUUUUCCCUUAAACUUUAGUAAAGUUCUUUUUAAAAAUAACUCCUACCGUGAUUCGGCUGAGCUGAGGGGAAAUGAAGAGCGGGUCUGGGGCUGGCUUCGGGCUGGAGUUGCACCGAGGCAGAGGCAGGAGCCUGGGGGCAGAGCGAUGCGGGGAAGGAUCCACUGGAGAAGCUCGAGGAGAAAGAGACGGGCAGAGGGACAGCUCUCACAGCCCCUCGCCCACCCGAAGCUUCCCCUGGCCUUCUCACUGCCCAAACCUUGGAGGGGAUGUGGUCAUAUCCCACCUGGCAGGCCGAUGAAGGAGCCCCAGCGGGCCCGAGACAGGCUGUGGUGGACAAAGGAAGCCUGCCAGCCAGUCAUCUGCAGUGUCACCUGCAUGUUGCCUGCUGUCUGGAAAGGCCUGGGUGGUAUCAUUGGGAAGAGGAGAGGAGCUUCUCUUGACCGCAGACUCCCCGCCCCCCCCCCCCCCCCCCCCCACUUCCUGCUCACUUCCAACCCACAGAGACAUUUAGGCAGGAAGGCAAAGUAAGCAACACCUAUUUACUCAGCCAGGGACCCACUCCCUUGGAAUGACCUCCCCCAGCACCCCUU